CAUUACACCUUAGAAUCUCUGACGUAAAUGACAAUGCUCCAUUGUUUCAUCAGCGCUCAUACUGACUUACGUCACAGAGAAUAACUCUCCUGGAAUGUCCAUAUUUACUGUCAGCGCGCGGGACUCUGACUGGAAUCAGAACGCUAGAAUCUCGUACCUCUUGGAGGACACGCAGAUCAGUGGAACUCCAGUCUCUACUUAUAUAUCUAUUAACUCUGAAACUGGAGUUUUACAUGCGGUUCGUUCCUUUGAUUAUGAACAAAUUAAACAGCUUACACUCAUGGUUAAGGCGCAAGACGGAGGCUCUCCUCCCCUCAGUAGUAAUGUGAGUGUCAACAUCUUCAUACAAGAUCAGAACGACAACGCGCCUCAGGUUCUGUACCCUGUCCAGACUAGUAACUCUCUGGUGGCUGAAAUGGUGCCUCGUUCAGCAGAUGUGGGCUAUCUUGUCACUAAAGUGGUGGCUGUUGAUGUGGACUCUGGACAGAAUGCCUGGCUCUCGUAUAAACUGCAGAAAGCGACAGACAGGGCGCUGUUUGCAGUGGGUUUACAGAAUGGAGAAAUACGAACUAUACGUCAAGUCACUGAUAAAGAUGCUGUGAAACAAAGGCUCACUGUUGUAGUGGAGGACAACGGGCAGCCUUCUCGUUCAGCUACAGUCAAUGUUAACGUGGCGGUGGCGGACAGCUUCCCUGAAGUGCUCACGGAGUUCACUGACUUUACGCACGACAAGGAGUACAAUGACAACCUGACUUUUUACUUAGUUUUGGCUUUGGCUGUAGUCUCAUUUCUGUUCAUCACAUGUGUAGUGGUUAUUAUAUCAGUGAAAAUAUACCGAUGGAGACAGUCUCGCGUUCUCUAUCAUUCCAAUCUCCCGGUUAUUCCGUAUUAUCCACCGCGUUACGCAGACACCUUGGGGACAGGAACUCUACAGCACGUGUACAAUUACGAGGUGUGCAGGACGACUGACUCCAGAAAGAGUGACUGUAAGUUCGUCAGACCCUGUAGUCAGAACGUACUGAUAAUGGACCCCAGUUCUACAGGGACGAUGCAGCGGAUACAGAGUGAAAAUAACAUCCUGGAUGAACCAGACUCCCCACUAGAG